UCAUAUAGUACAAGCUACAAUGGACAAAAGGCUGAUUCUUGGAUGCAGUAAUCUUAUGGCUUACAUUGUAAUAAUAUAUAAAAGAUAAAAUAUAAUGAUAACGGUAUCAGGUUGACAAAUACUCUUCUUAUUUGUGUCAGAUGUCUAUUAUAUUCUAUAGGGUCUUUUAGCUACUGUUAAUUCAGGUCCCCAUUUUUUCGAAUGAGCUUUCGAAAAUUCAAACCUUAGCCAUGUUUUUAUGACACGGACCGGAUUAGGGGAAGCUCAUUAGGGUGGCCAGCCAACCCCUUUUUUGGAGUUCAAAAAUAUAGAAAUUUAAAAUUAUGAUGUAAAUGAAGAAAUUAAAUCUGAAUUGGACUCAUUCUGAAAAAAAAAAAAAAAACUAAAGCAGCGUUCACCUGAAGUGAAAUUUCAUUUUCUGAAGCCCUGAAGUCUUUACUAUGUUGAAUAUUUUGUCUUGAGUUGACAACCCUUCUGGAUCCGCAAAUGUAUUCAAAUUAUCAAAGAGUUCGCUAUAACSAAUAAGCUGCUAUUUCAGUGCAUGGCUUUACUAAUUCUUGUUCUUAAGUGUUAAAUACGCCAUAACAWGUCUUAGUGCAAAUACUGUCAUGGAUACUACUAAUGUGCUAUCACUACCACUUUAUUUUUUCAACAAAAGUAUCUUUUUACCGAACAGUUUUGUUAUCUAAAAUUACUGCCAUAUUUCAAAUUUCCUCUCCGCCCAUCAUGGAUUUGCUMAAAUGCAUAACCUUUGAUAUUAAUWAAAUUGGAACAUUUUCUAAAUCCGUUACAAUUURUUCCACAAAAUCCGUGACAUAAUCACUAAAACUUUCGCGUGGGCGUGACAUUGCGUGACUAACGUGACAGGGUGUGUAAGCGUCUUGACAUUCUGCUAGGGUAACCGCGUUACAUAUCAAAAUGGCGGGCGUCCUGGCGUCGUAAACACUAAGAUACUUGAAUUGUUUCUGGCUGUGAAAGUUAAUCAACCCAUGUGACUUGGUAACCUAUAACGCCUGUUAGACAUUCAUUAAGAUGUACGGCACCCGUACAGAAACCAUAACUCGAAAAGAAGUGCGACAUGUGCGCACAGUAAAUGGCAAAGUUGUCCAAGAUGAUUUUGACCAGCAAACAGAYCGAGACAUUGAAUUCARUCCAGGUAAAAGAAGCUAUCAAGCUAUUACUGGCGUAUUUCCCAAUGCUAUCCAGAAUGGAUCACCAAGGAAACCCAAAGAAAUGGUAUUUGAAACCGAAACAGAAGUUCAACAUGCUCCAAGAGGAAGCUUUGAUGAUGACAGACCUAUUAAACUACCAAUAAAGACAUUUAAUAUAUCWGAUGGRUCAGAGUCUAGUGGUCAUGACUUUGCAGAUGCACCACCUCAAGCUGCAGGKGUAAGUGCAAGGUCUGGGUACUCGUCAGAUAGGGACKUUCCUAGACGGAGGAGUAGUUCAGGGUCGUCAGGGGGGCUCAAGAGUGCCAGUGUAACUCUACCAAUGAAAACAAACACUUUAACAAGAAGAGGGACUCCUUCACCAGUUGGUGGACGAGUAAACUAUAACAUAGCRUUAAAGAUUGGUGAAGUGAAGGGUGAUGGUGCUAAUGGAAAUGUUUACAUUCAACUGUUUGGAGCAAAUGGAGACUCRCCCAAAAUAAACUUACGGCAAGCUGGAGAUGAACAGCAUGCUUUCAAAGAGGGUGAUCUGUAUAGGUUUACUGUCAGCGAUACAGACAUUGGCAAGAUUGAUAGAAUUAAGCUCAGUCAUGAUCAUAUGGAUUAUGGUUCUGGGUUCUUUGUYGAAGAAGUAGAGGUUGAGAUCCCAUCAAGGCACGACAGUUAUAAAUUCCCAUGUAAUUUUUGGUUAUCSCAAGAGCGACAUCAAAGACCAAGCCGAAACAGCACUUCAGAACCUCACAACGCCAAGUUGUACAACGUCUCCAUGCAGYUAGGACGAGUUAUGAAUCCAUAUGCCAAGUUGUUUUUGCAACUUUGUGGYGACGAAGGAGACAGCAGCAAAAUCGUUCUUCGUCCGACUGGAGGUCCAACAGACACCUUUCAAGAAGGAAAAGUCUACAAAUUCUCAGUUGAAAUGCCAUCAGUUGGAAAGGUCGACAAAAUUCGUAUUGGACAUGAAAGUCGUGGACGUAAUAAAGGCAUCUACGUCGACGAAGUCGAAGURACCCCGGAAGAUGAAGAAACGGUAUUUUUUCCUUGUGGCUGCUGGCUGGCCGAGGACAUGGCAGAUGGAAAACUGGAACGAGAAGUGCAUAUGGGGCACGCSCCUGCUCCUAUUGGCACUGAUGCGACUCAUACCGUUUCUGUCMGACUUGGCGAGGUGCUCAACUACAAUGCCCAGUUGUACAUCUACAUGGUCGGUGUCAGGGGGGAGACRAGUAAAGUACCAUUGCGACCUGAGGGACUCCUGGAGAGGACAAAAACCUACCAGUUCCCACUAGCACUAAAUGUUGACAUCGGAAAAAUCGAGAGGAUCAUUCUUGGUCAGAACAGCCGUGGAUAUGGCAAAGGGUUAUUCGUUGAAGAAGUCAAUAUACAACCAACCGGGGGAGUCAACAUUAACUUUCCUUGUCAGUGUUGGCUGGCUGARGAUGUAUGGGACAGUGAAAUAGAAAGAGAAUUGUUCCCUGGUGURCCAGUCAAGAAAGCACCUAACACUACAUACGAGCUGACAUUCAAAACAGGCGACAAACCACAUGCCGGCACAGACGCCAAUGUCACUCUACAGAUCUUCGGCGAACAUGGUCAGACGGAGAAGAUUAUGUUACGACAGAGUGGUCGGUUGAACACACUGAAACGGUUUGACAGAGGUCGUACGGACAGAUUYGAUGUACAGACUCUUAACGUUGGAAAGUUGACAAAGAUACGUCUAAGCCAUGACAACUCAAAUCCAGACCCCGAGUGGUUCCUGGACAAGCUGACCAUCUCAAUACCAGACAUUGGUGAAACUUACCACUUCCCAGUGGACCGAUGGCUGACUGGGGAUGAAGCAGACGCYUUGGUUGAAAUGGAAAUGGAACCAACUCUUGUUGAACCCAUUGUUGUSGUCGAGAAAGAAUUACCAGUUCAGUCAGGUAUUGAAUUCACCGAUUUAGAGCCACCUAAGGUCUUAUAUACAGUCUCAUUCAGGCUGGGMCCAAUGCUGGACCCUUAUACCAGAGUUUAUCUGAUAUUUCAUGGUGAAAAUGGUGAUUCUGAGAAAAUUUACUUAAAUCCACCCAACGGACAAGAACUAGAGACCGACAAAGUGUACAAAGUUAUUACAGAGGCACCAGACGUCGGACAGAUCCACAGUGCUACCAUUGGUCACGAUUCGCCCGGGCCAGAUAAGGGUGUGUUCAUGGAAGAGUUUGACAUCUCUGCUCCCGCUGAGAAACCCGUAGUAUUCCCCAGUCGUUGCUGGCUGGCAGAAGAUGUCGAUGAUGGUGCGACUGAGAGGACGUUGAGGCCUGGAGAGACUCUGACGUACCCUUAUGAAAUUACGUUCACUAUUGGAGAAGUGAUUGACCCUCGAUGCAAGCUGUACAUGAUGAUAUACGGUACAAAAGGAGACUCGGGCAAGCUAUACCUGUCGCCUUCCGAUGGCAGCGAGUUCGUAAAAGGACGAACCUAUAAAGUCAUUGCUGAUAUCAGAGACAUUGGCGACAUCGAUGAGAUUCGUCUCGGACAAGAAGGCGAUAGAGGUCUUUUUGUUGAAGGCGUUGACGUCAAAGGACCCGACGUGGACCCWGUCAUCUUCCCAUGUCGUUGCUGGCUGGAUAGUCAUAUCGACGAUGGAAAGACCAGUCGUGUCCUUCGACCAGGAGAAACUGUAACAUUCCCAUAUGAAAUUACGUUUACGCUGGGAGACGUAGACCCGGAUGCGCAACUGUACAUGAUAAUCUGCGGUACGGAAGGUGAUUCUGGUAAACUAUACCUCACGCCGUCAGACGGAAGCAAGUUUGUUAAAGGACAGACCUACAGAGUCAUCGUUGACGUUCCGGACAUUGGAAACAUCGAGAAAAUCCGCCUUGGCCAAGAGGGAUCAGAUAAAGGCGUUUUUGUUGAGGAAGUUGAGAUAAGAGCACCAGGAAAAGAUCCACUCUUGUUCCCAUGCCGCUGCUGGAUUGUAGACCAGGAGAGGGAACUGGCACCUAAUGAAACCAUCACACCUUUAGAAGACAGUACGUUGUAUAACGCAACGUUCGAGACUGGUGACGUACCAUUUGCUGGGACCGACGCAACGGUAUUCUUACAAAUGUUUGGUACKGAUGGCAAUACUGACAAGAUUGAAUUCCCGCAAGACGAUGACCAGUUACGUUUUGAGAAGGGACGUACGGAUAAGUUUGCGGUGGAGACGGUUGAUAUCGGGGACCUAACAAAGGUUCGUGUUGGGCAUGAUAACAARGGUCAUAGUCCUGAAUGGUUCUUAAAGCAGCUAACUAUCGACGUUCCUUCSAAAAAUAAACGUUAUGUCUUUCCAUUCAACAACUGGAUUGCUGGAGAAGAUGUUGAUCUAGAACCUGUUGACGAAAAAUCUCGGGCAGAACUGUACACAAUUCUACUCAAGCUGGGCGAUGUAUUAGACCCUCAUACACCCGUACUAGUUCAACUCAUUGGUGAGAAGGGAGAGAGCGGAAAGAUUCAAGUAAAACCAGGCGUUCGACCAACGGACAAGUUCGAAAAAGGCAAAAUCUAUAAGCUUAUUGCUAAAGUUGGUGAUAUUGGAAGGAUCAAAGAUGUUCUUGUCACGCAAGAUGAGUCCAUUCCCAGUGAAGGUCUGUUCGUGGAAGAAGUUGAGGUCACGUCMUCUCAGGGUGAAACCCAAGUGUUCCCUGUUCGCUGUUGGACCUGUCCUGAGAAAGAUGGAAAGGAUAUGUUGUACGAUGUGACUUUUAAAACUGGUGUUCUACCAAACUCUGGUACAUCAGCAAACGUGUUCUUCCAAAUACAUGGGGAUGAAGAGAGCACCGAAGAGAUCCAGCUACAGGAAGACAAGUCAUUGAACUUGUUUGAGACGGGAGGAACUGAUAAAUUUACCGUUGAAACAAAGAGUGUUGGCAAGAUAACAAGGUUGCGCGUAGGGCAUGAUAACACAGGACCUAGUCCUGAUUGGUACCUCCAGARAGUUAACAUUGAUGUCCCCGACAAGGACGAGCAUUAUCAAUUUAACUUCAAUCAGUGGAUUCGAGGGGACAAUCCUGAAGUAGAGGUGGCUGCUGCACCAGAUCGAUCAGACAAACUUCAAGAUCUCGACUACCGUAUCACGGUUAAGACUGGUGACGACCUUAAAGCUGGCACUGACUCAAAUGUGUUUCUUCAAAUGUUUGGCGACGAGGGACAGUCCAGCAAGUUCCUUCUUCGUGAGGAAGGAGACAGCASUAGAUUUACACGUGGAAAAUUGGACAAGUUUGUCAUUAGGAACAAAGAUCUUGGAACGUUGGAAAGGAUAUACGUGCAUCGUGACGAUGCAGGGUCAAGAGCAGGCUGGCAACUUGAUUACGUCAAGAUUGAUAUCCCAGAGAAAGAUGAACACUAUCUCUUUAGAUGUAACCGCUGGCUCACAGCAACGCAUCCUGAUGCGGAAUUUGCUGGAGAGAGAGUUUCAGAAAAAGAAGGGAUGUACACAGUGGUCUGUAAGGCUGGGGAUGUUUUGGAUCCUGGAGUGAGUCCAUACUUCCAGAUAUUCGGKGAUGAAGGAGAGACUGGUAGGAUAAUGUUGCGUGACGGAUACCCCUCACAGCACGUGUUCAAGAAAGGCAAUACUUACAAAGUGUCUUUGAAAAGUCCUGAGGUUGGAGAGAUUACAAAGCUUCGUCUUGGUGAYGAUGGUGGCGGUCGUGGUCGUACGAUCUUCGUUGAGGAAGUCUCUGUCAUCGACAAGAAUGGCGAUGAAGUCGUUUUCCCAUGUCACUGUUGGCUUGGUACWGAUGAUGAUGGCCGGCCAAUUAUACGGGAAGUGGCACCCGGGGAAACGGUACCCGAUGAUGUUGAUGAUAUCUUCUAUCACAUGACCAUCAUCACGGCUGAUGAACCGGGGGCUGGUACCGACUCCACAGUUUACUUCCGGUUGUACGGAGAGAAGGGUGAGACAUCCGACAUCGUCCUGGAAGAUGAGAGAAAUAAGUCMUUUAAAAAGUUUGAACGAGGACGCGCUGACAAGUUUGUCGUUCAAACUGCCGAUGUGGGAAAGCUUCAGAGUAUGGUGAUAGGGCACAACAACAGCGGAGAUGACCCAUCAUGGCUGCUGGAAGAAGUCCACGUUGAUAUCCCCUCACGUAACGAACACUACGUGUUUAGAUGCGGAAAAUGGCUGAAAGUCAAUAACGGAAAAGAUGAAACCGAAACUGUUCUUUAUCCAGAUCCAGAAGAUAAACGUGUCCCAGUCGACGACCGCAUCGAGGGAGUCAUUGAUGAUCAACUAUUACAAGGCGCAAUGAACGAUGAAGAUUUGUUCGGCGAGCCUACAGAGCUGGAUUACAAGAUAGAUAUCACGACCGCUGACCAGUCCAAUGCAGGCACGCACGCUGGCGCUGAUUUCCAGUUGCUUGGUGAACGUGGUGAGACUGACAAGAUCUUCCUUGGUCACAAUGAUGAUGGACAGCACUUCCAGCCUGGACAGACAGACACCUUUAACACACAUGGAAAGGAUGUCGGCAAGCUUCAGUAUUUCCGUAUUGGGAACGAUGGACGCAACGCGUCGCCCGACUGGCUGAUUGACCAGGUUGAGGUUUACGUACCUGAMCGUAACGAGCGUUACGUAUUCAAGAACAAUAAAUGGAUUGAUAACCGUGAUAAUCCAAUCGACAUCCCCUUGCACUCUUUCUCACAUUGUCAAUUAGUUGGUAAAGAACCAACAAUUCCAGAUUUACUGGAAUUCAUGCAGUCUGGUGACAGCACCAAAGCCACCCAUGCAGCCUUCUACUUACAACAUUUAACUUACAAYAACGAAAGCGUCAAGAAUGAAGUCAGGGAACUUAAAGGKAUCCCAAUCAUUGUUGACUGCCUGUAUCAUAGCAACGAGAACGUKCGUUAYGGUGCRGCGUGUGUGCUUCGUAACCUCUCCUACAGCUCAGAGAGUGACGUCAACAAGAUUGCCAUAGCUGAUGGCAGUCGUGAUCAUGGUGGAAUCGAAGCUUUGGUAGAUAUGCUACAGCGAACAAGCAAACAAGAGCAUCGCGCAGCYGCCCUCGUCGUUCUUCGAAACCUGUCUGUACUAGAGAGCCUUCGUCUUAAGAUCCUUCGCCUUUGUCUUCAUAUUCUCGUAAUUGUUAUCAUCAAGAUAUUCUCUGGCUGGGACAAGACGAAAGCACARCGUGAGCCCGAGAAAUCGAAUGAACAGUGGUCAGAGCUGUUAGAGCAUGCGACACGGAUCGUGCGGAAUGUCUCRUCAGCUGGAAUCGACGCMCGUGAGGCAAUMCGSUUCGAGGAGCAUUUGAUMGACUGUCUGGUUUGGAUCGUUAGAGUGGGAGUAAAAAAUAAGCGAUACGAUGAUAAGUGCGUCGAAAACUCAGUUUGUGUACUACGUAACCUCUCCUAUCGGCUCGAAAGUGAACUGGAUCGAGACAUUUACGACGACGCUGAAGUCCAGCUCGACAAAGCAACUGUCAAAGAACAGCAAUCCCAAGGAUGCUUUGCGGGUUGUGGAGGAAGAAAAAAGAAAAAAUCMAAAAGUAAUAUUCCAAUGGACAAACAAUCACGCAAAGGACCCCCMACRGGACCGGCUUUGCUGUACCAGCCCACCACUGUACGUCAGUAUUUUGUUUUGCUGCGAAGUUCAAAGAAUCCUGAAACACUGGAGGGAUCUGCUGGAGCUAUACAUAACCUUACCGCGUGUUCCUGGAAGUGGGCUAUCAAGAUUCGUGGAGAUACGAGAAGAGAGCAGGCAAUACCACACAUUAUCAGUCUACUUAGAACAGACUACGACCCAACAAUACGCGCGUCGGCCAUUGCGCUAAGAAACUUGUCAGUCGACCCUGAGAACAAGAGAAUCAUAGGUGAAAAGGGUACUGGUCCUUUGGUCAAUCGUCUACCACAAGGAGAUGAGAGAAGCCCCAGGCUCGUCAAAGACGCAACUGUGGUUUCUCUACUUUGCGCUUUGUUCCAACUUGGAAAGAAGAGCGAGAAGAAUGCAAGGAUGCUCAAGAAAACAACAGGAAUACGUAGAAUGGUAAAAAUAGCGAAGUCCAACAACAAUGAAGCGACGAAGAACAAGUACGAUGAACGCGUCGUUAGAACUGCCAAUCAGACUUUGGCAAGUCUUUGGCCUCAUGAAGUCUUAAAACAACAAAUGAAGUCAGAAGGCUGGGAAUACAACGCUAACAACAAGAGUUUAGAGGUUGAUUUCCCAGAGGAAUUUGACAAAGUCUCCCAACCCCCCACCCCCUCAGGGAGCCUAAACAGACRAAGRGAGGACGACACAGGAUCGUUUUCAAACAAAGAUCCUGAGCUUCAUCGUAUCCAACGGCAACCAGAAUUAUACCAACGGUCACCUAGCAGCGACCAAGGCUAUCGUAAAUAUCCCAGUAAUUCAGGUUCAACCGCUGGUCACUCAAGCCGCGCCGGCAGUACCUCCGGAAGUCAAGCUGAUUUUGGCAGUGAGUGGUCUGGGCGACAGCGUAGCUGGGGCGAGGCAAUAAAUUCUGUUCCACCUCCACCCUACCAAUCAGAUGAUAACAGAUCUGGUAAAGAUUUUAUAGAGAUGUCCGAUAGAAGUAAACCUCCGAUUGGGAUGAAAAACGAACGGCCGAAGCGAAAUGACUUAGUUCAAGAUAACCCCAAUGACUGGGUCUAGCGACACAGGAAUCCCAAUUACUGGGUCUAGCGACACAGGAAUCCCAAUGACUGGGUCUAGCGACACAGGAAUCCCAGUGGCUGGGUCAAGAGACUCAAGGCCUAUCAAUACGAUUUAAAUAUUUUUUAACUUAGAAAGCAAUACCACUUAAUGUAACAAUUUUUUUUUAAUUGCUUCUUAAGAAGAAAAGAGUCUUGCGUGACCAUACCAAUUCUUUCAGUUCGUGACAUUAGAAAAGACAUUUUUGAAAAAGAGCACCAUGAGUUAUUGAGAUAAAUGAAGAGUAUUGUGUGACUAAAGCUUGAAAGUGCGACUGUAAUAUCAGUUCUGCUUUGUGCAAUUACAUAAGAUGUCAUGACUGUGACAUGUAACACAAUUCAUCGUAUAGCGUGACCUAACAGGAUAAUAAGCACUAUUUAUAGAAUUGCCACACGGCAAGCCGCUGACCUUGAAUGCAAACGGCUUGCACCACAGGCAAAGUUAACUAUUUUCACAUGUAUUUUAUUAGAUAACUAUUUUUAACAAAUUCUCUGUAGUAAAUACUUUGGCAUAAUUGCGCGUAAUGUUAUAUCGGCUGAAUCAAUAAGGAUUUUCAAAAUUAUAUGCGCCGCUCUAGGUCCGAGUAUUCACCACAGGGAGACCGACUUUUAAUAUGUAUUUUAAUAGCUUUUGCACCAAGGAUUUUGAAGAACUUCCGAUCUUUGUACACUUAAAAUACCAUCCUUUAUCAAUUUGCCAAAGUCCGACAUCCAUCAGUCCAGAUUCCACACUUUUUAGGGAUGUAUUUGUGGGACUUUUUUACCUGUAUUAAUCUAUUUUAGGUACUGAUUGUAAUGAUUGUACAUUUAACAAGCUGAAAAUACUGUAAUGUUUAUAGUUUUGGUAGGAAAUAAACGAUUUAGCUAAAUAUA